AUGUCACAUCAGUGGACAGGCUGGACACGAAACCUUCUGCUAAUCACACCGCGCUGGGCCUUUGCGCCACGCCCUAACUGUUCCCUCAAUGUUCCCAGGCUGACAAGGCUUGCUUCCUCUGGAACUCAAUGGAAACAACGCCAAGGUCGCGACCAUUAUGUCCAUCACGCCAAAGUCCAAGGACUUAGAAGCAGGGCAGCCUUUAAAUUAUUGGAGGCAAGAUUCGCUCAUCACGCAAAAUACAAGCUCUUCAAAAAGAAUCAAACUGUAGUUGAUCUGGGAUAUGCGCCAGGCAGCUGGUCUCAAGUCGCCGUUGAGCGCACUAGACCUCAUGGUCAAGUUAUCGGUAUUGACCUCAUACCCGCUCAGCCUCCCAAGGGCGUCGCUACAUUCCAAGGAGAUUUCCUGUCUCCCGUGGUCCAACAGCUUGUGAAAGAGUUUAUUGCCCAAACGCACUAUGAUCGACUGUCUAGAGCAGCAAGAGCUGAUCAUAAUGACGAGAAUAAGCUGGAUUCAAACAAUACACUCAUCGAACAGCCAAGCUACAUUGACUUGGAGAGACACUCAACAGAGGCCUCAAAGCCGCCUUCCGGUAGCAUCUCGACAAAGUCGACGCAAAAAAAUCUUGUGGAUAUCGUGUUAAGUGAUAUGUCAGCACCAUGGGAACAAACCUCCGGAUUUAGUUCAAAGACUUUAAGUAACCCUUAUGACAGGCUCAUGAAUACAAGCGGCAUUGCGUCUCGAGAUCAUGCCGGCAGCAUGGACCUUUGCGAAGCUGCACUGCAGUUCGCCAGCGAUACACUUAAACCUGGCGGCCAUCUUGUAUGCAAAUUCUACAUGGGAGCAAGGGAUAAAGAACUGGAGAAACAACUCAGGCUGCUUUUCGCAGAGGUGCACAGAGAGAAGCCAGAUUCUUCAAGAUCAGAAAGCAGAGAGGCAUUCUUCGUCGCACUACGCAGAAAAUCUACAGCAGCUAUUAGCAUAGAAGGCGAUCACAAUUAG